AUGGCGUUUCAGCUCAUUGCCUCAUACAAUCGUGCCUUAAAUUCUCGUCCUCUGCUAACUAAGUCAAUUUCAACAUUCUUUAUUAUCGGGGCAAGUGAUGCAUUGAGUCAAUACAUUGAAAGUAGGCUUCAAAAAAAAUCUUACAUCCAAAAUUUUGAUAUGAAACGAUGCUUUAAAUUAAGCUGCUAUGGAGCCUUUUAUCUAGCUCCACUUCUUCAUGGAUGGUAUGGAUUUCUAGCUAAGAAAUUCCCAGCUCCAGGAAUGGCAUCGACUCUAAAGAAGUUAUCACUAGAUCAAACGUUCUUUUGCUCAUUAAGCAUAUGGUCAUUUUUUACGGCUGUAACUCUUUUUAAUGGUGGCACUUUGAAACAAGGAUAUGAAAAAAUACAAAAAGAUUAUUGGGAGACUCUAAUUGUCAACUGAAAAGUGUGGCCAGCUGCAAUGAUGAUUAAUUUUUCGUUUAUACCUUUGCAUACACAAGUGAUUUUUGUAAACUUUAUUGCUCUCUUUUGAAACUCCUAUUUAUCAUAUAUAUCAAACUUUAAAAAUUAA